CACUGGCCGGAAGACGACGGUGCAGCCCUUAGAAGGGUCCCCCGCUAGUUCCUGCUGCGCGCGGUUGCCGUUGCCCGCCCAAGUAGAGAGUAUCCGAAGGUGUCCGCGGCGCUGGGCAGGUUGUGAGAUGCCGGGCGGAGGCCGAUGCCCCGACUGCGGCUCUGCAGAGCUUGUGGAAGACUCGCACUACUCGCAGAGCCAGCUGGUGUGCUCCAACUGCGGCUGCGUGGUCACCGAGGGGUUCCUUACCACCACCUUCAGCGACGAGGGCAACCUCCGAGAAGUAACAUAUUCCCGAAGCACAGGAGAAAAUGAACGAGUUAGUCGCAGCCAGCAACAAGGUCUCCGCCGAGUAAGAGACCUUUGUCGAGUUCUGCAAUUGCCACCAACAUUUGAGGACACAGCGGUUGCCUACUACCAACAGGCAUACCGGCACACUGAUAUCCGAGCUGCCAGGCUGCAAAAGAAGGAGGUGUUGGUUGGCUGUUGUGUCCUGAUCACCUGCCGGCAGCGUAACUGGCCCCUAACUAUGGGAGCCAUCUGCACCCUGUUAUAUGCAGAUUUGGAUGUGUUUUCUGGCACCUACAUGCAGAUAGUGAAGCUCCUGGGGCUGGAUGUACCAUCUCUGUGCUUGGCAGAACUGGUGAAGACCUACUGUAACAGCUUCAAACUGUUUCAAGAUUCUCCAUCUGUGCCAGCCAAAUAUGUGGAAGACAAAGAGAAGAUGCUGUCACGUACACUACAGUUGGUGGAGCUGGCAGACAAGACGUGGCUGGUAACUGGGCGGCAUCCUUUGCCUGUCAUCACUGCAGCGACUUUCCUGGCUUGGCAGUCGCUGCGGCCUUCAGAUCGGCUGUCAUGUUCCCUUACCCAGUUUUGUAAAUUGGCAAAUGUGGACUUGCCCUACCCCGCUUCCUCCCGCCUGCAGGAGCUGCUGGCUGUGCUGCUGCGGAUGGCUGCGCAGCUGGCCUGGUUGCAGGUUCUGAAACUUGACAAACGGUCUGUGGUGAAGCACAUUGGGGACCUUCUCCAGCACCGCCACAUACUGGUCCGCGCAGCUUUUCAGGACAGAACAGCAGAAAUGGCAGCCCAAGAGAAGGAGCUGCAGGGAAAGGGCCAGGGGCAGGGAGGAGAGGAGGUAGGGAAUCGUCCCUUAGGUUUGCCCCAGGGGAAGCGACCGGCCAGUCCUGCCCUUCUUCUCCCACCCUGCAUGUUGAAGCCCCCAAAGCGGAUUUGUCCCCCAGCGCCUGUCUCCACAGUCACUGGAGAUGAGAACAUUUCCGAUAGUGAAAUUGAGCAGUAUUUGCGUACCCCUCAGGAAGUUAGGGACUUUCAGAGAGCCCAAGCUGCUAGACAGGCUGCCACAAGUGUCCCUAACCCUCCCUGAUGCACAUCCAUUGGGGGCACUUCAUCUCAUUCCGACAGCAGCAUAUGAUGGACCUGUCAUACGCAAGGAUGUACGUGUACACAAGUCCUUAGGUAUUUUCCCAAUUGUUUGAAGGAACCAAGGGGACUCUGCAAUUAGUUGGACCCUAGGUCCUGGAGUGCAGUCAGGAGUGCAGGGGCGGCUGUGGAUAGGAGAGUCCUUUCCUCUGGUGCUGGAGAGCAGAUUGCCUAUGCAUAUUCUCUGGAAUGGCAUUCCUUUUAGACUGUUGGAAAAGCAUCAGGCUCCCUUGCUCCUGGUUGAAUUGGAUGCAUUACUGCUUCUGUAGGCCCAAAGGGGUGGCCUCCUGCUGUGGAGCAGCUGACAUUCCCAACAGUUUUAACCCUUAGAGGAGCAGGAACUGGCCCUGUGUCUACUCACAGGCAUUGGUGUGUGUGUGUAUGGUGUUGUGAGAUCCUCUACCUUGUAAUAAAAGGACUGGGUGGACUAAGGCUGUAGCUUAAAUGGCUUUGCAGAAUUUUAAUAUAUUAAAACAAGAGGCAUCUGCUAGAAAACAUUCUAUUGUAUAAAACCCGAGCUCUUAAAAACA